AUGAGUCAAGAAACCUUGAAUGGAAUCAAUGGAAUAUUGUAGGAUGUCCAAAGUUUUGGCUAGGAGAGUUAUAGAUUUAUGAGAAAAUGCACCAAACCAGAUAAAAGAGGUAAAUGAAUGCACGAUAACCAAAUAGAGUACAUUAAAAUCGCAACAUCAUGUGCUAUUGGCUUUGCAGUUAUGGGAGCAGUCGGAUACUUUAUUAAGUUGGUUUUCAUUCCAAUAAACAAUAUUAUAUUAAGUGCCAAUUGA